AUGGCCAAGCAGAGAGGCGAGAUCGUGCGUGACCAGGCUGUUGCUGCAGGAAGGGCAGCGGCGCAGAUGGCACGGGCUCUGGGUAUGAAGGUGGAGGAGCAGGCCGCCUUUGCUGCUGCAGAGGCUGCCCUUGUGGCCACUAAGGCUGCGCAGACUCCUCAGCAGCAGAUGGAGGCUGCAGCAAAUGCUGCCUAUGCGGCCGUGGAGGAAGCCGCCAGCAGCUUCUUUGGGGCCACGGCUGAUGCCGAAGACAGCGGGCACAGCAAGGCCACAGCAAAGAUGGCAGAGGAGGCAGCUCUCACCGCGGCGGUGAAGUCGGCCCUGGCAGCUGGCAUGAGCAAGACUGAGGCCGAGGCUGCAUCCGCUGAGGCCGUGACCCAGGACGCCGGCAACUAUGCUGCCUCGAAGGCAGCUGCAGCUGCCCGUGCAGCCAAGAAGCCUGUGAAGGUACAGGUCCAGGUUGCUGUGGAUGCUGCGGUGAAGGCCACAGCUACCACCGAGGGCAGCGUGGAGGAGCAGGCGGUCUCGGCUGGCCUGGCGGCUUCUGACGCCUCGCGUGCUGCAGGCCAAUCCGUGCGUGAUGAGGCCUUGUGGGCCGCAAGGCAUACAGUGGAACUCGGGAAGGGCAAGGGGCUGAACGAGCCAAAGGCCCUUGCCCUUGUCAGGCACGUGAUCAUCAAGGUUGCGAAGGCACAUGGCAUGUCCGAUGAUCAAGCUGCAGCCAUGGCAGAUAUGGCCAUUGACCAAGUCGCAGAGAAGAUUUGUAUCAGCCCAAAGUUUGAAGGGUACACUGUAACCGAAGAACUGCUGAACCAGACGGCCUUCAGUGUCCAGGUCGAGUGUGCGCCUGGUUUCUACGGGACUCCAAAGGCCAAGGUUUGCGGCAUCUCUGGUGCUCCAUAUGAGCUCCUUGGCUGCUUCCCCAUCGUUUGCUCAACACCUUCCAGCAUGGAUGGAUAUCAGGUGACGGAGCUUUCUCGGGCCAUUUACCAGUGGAACGUGUCCGCGGCCUGCGAUGACUACUUUGCAGGCACUCCAAAAGUUACCCCGUGCUCGGUGCACAACACACCCUAUGGCUUAACUGGGUGUGUCGAGAAGCAUUGUGCCACAUCACAAAAGAUCAAGGGUCAUGGCUACGAUGUGACAGAGAUCUCUACCAGUAUGCGCAAUUUCGAGAUCAACGUCAAGUGCCAUGCGUCCUUCAAGGGCGAUCCGACUGCACAUGUGUGCAAGAAGAUGAACGAGCCUUAUGAUCUUCACGGUUGCACCCAUCGUGAGUACUGCGUCCGCCCAGCUGCGUCGAAGCUAGUCGGGUACGAUAUCAAAGAAAUUGAUCUUGAGAUCCCAGGGUUUGUCGUGAAAGCAAGCUGCUCCAAGAACUAUGUCGGAGAAGCGCUGGUGGAGGAGUGCGAUGAUGAUGAUGGAGAGUAUGUUCUAUCUGGAUGCGAGCCCAUGACGUGCGCAUCUCAGAUGGCAUCCCCACCGGAAGGCUACAAGAUCACCUCUGAGAACCUAGAAGUACCUGACUUCGACAUUCAUGUAGAGUGUGCUGCCGGCUACAUGGGGUCUCCAAUUGUCACACCAUGUGACACCCAAAGUGGUUCCUACAGCAUUUCUGGAUGUGAGCCGAAGAAGUGUGUGGCGCCACAGGGCAAGGAAGCCUACAGCAUCGUCAAGGAGAAUUCGUUGGAGAUGCCCCACUUGGACGUGAUCGUGGAGUGCGCUGACAAGUACAUGGGGACAGCUUCUGCAGCAGCUUGUUCUGACCACCUCACUGAGUACGGUCUCUCUGGUUGUUCUCCUCAGACUUGCCUGGAGCCGAUCGAUGCGGUGGGCUAUGUCACCCAGGUUGACUCCCUUGAACGCCCGAACUUCGCGGUGACUGCAAAGUGUGCCCGGCUUUUUGAGGGCACUCCUGAGGUUACUGCAUGCAAGCAGAACGACCGAGUCUUUAACCUGUCGGGGUGCAAACCUUCUGUUUGUGCUACUCCAACCGAGUUUCGGGGCUAUGCCAUUACAAGCGAGAAGUCUCUUGAGAUGCGCAGCUUCAACGUCGAGGUUAAUUGCGCUGUGAACUACACAGGAACGCCAAGCGUAACAGAGUGUUCCAAAGCUGAUGAGGUGUAUACUCUGCACGGCUGCUUCGAGCAAGUUUGUACGAAGCCUCGGAAGGGUGCAACUGAGGGCUAUGUGAUCACUGAGACAUCUCUUGAGCGACCCAGUUUCGAAGUCUCAGCCGCAUGUGCUGUGGAUUACAUGGGCACGCCAAGUGUCUCCGUAUGUGGUGGCCAUGACCUGCCUUUCUUGGUGUCGGGAUGCAAACCUCAGACCUGCACGGAGCCAACAGAUGCUGAAAAGGAGGGCUACGCAAUCACUGCUUCCUCCUUGGAAAGGCCCCACUUCAGUGUAGAAAUCGACUGUGCCCCAGGUUACACUGGAAAGCCAACUGUCACACGCUGUAAUGCGCAUGGGAAGCCCUACACUUUUGGUGGCUGCCAUGAGAUCGAAUGCAGCACUGCGCAGACCUCCAAGGGCUUCUCCAUCGUCCACGAGGCUUCUCGCAAACUCACAAGCUGGAACGUCAGUGCCAAGUGUGCUGCGGGAUGGUAUGGAGAGGUUGUUGUGGAGCCCUGCUCUGAGCACAGGAAGCCCUUCUCGCUCUCAGGCUGUGCCCCCAUGGUUUGCAAUUCUCUGAAGGACUCCCCUCCAGAUGGAUAUGUGGUGACUGCCGAGAAUUCUCUGACAGUUCACAGCUUCGGCGUCAAAGGUACCUGUGCCCCUGGUUAUCAUGGAACAGUGCAGGCGACCCCCUGCUCUUCCCAUGCGACAGCCUACACCCUCACCGGAUGCCACCCCAUCGUGUGUGCCUCCAUGAACCUGGCCCCACCCACUGGCUACACCAUCAAGGCCGAAACCUCUCUGGAGCAAUUGAGUUUUGGGGUCAAGGCCGAGUGUGCAGAUGGAUAUUAUGGCACAGCAGUGCCCAAAGCAUGCAAGGGCGAGGGUCAGCCCUACACCCUGGAAGGCUGCAGUGUGAAGGUCUGCAAGUCCCGCACCGGAAACGUGCCCCGAGACAUCGUUCUUGAGAAGGAAGGCUCUUUGGAGGUGCCCAGCUUCACCGUCCAGGCACACUGCCAUCCUGGAUACAUGAACGAGUCCACAGUUCCCAAGGGCAAGAUCAGCGUGCGCCCUUGCACCAAACAUGGCGAGCCUUACAAGCUGGAAGGCUGUGAGAACGAGGUGUGCGAGUCCAUGAGCAAGACCCCUCCAACAGGCUACAAGGUCUUUGCUGAGGAGUCACUGCAUAUUACUACCUUCGAGGUAGACAUUGGCUGUGAUGAAGGCUACACGGGUACUCCCAAAGCUGCUGUAUGCAAAAACCACGCAAUGGAAUACAGCUUCUCCGGCUGCCGAAAGGUCAUGUGCACCUCCCCGAAGCUGCCAAUUGGCCACCGAGUUGUUGAAAACACAAAGACACAGCUGGGCUUCUCCGUGGACGCCUCUUGCAAGGAUAAGUACAUGGGCACGCCCAAGACCAUGUCCUGCGAAAAAGAUGGAGAGCCAUAUUCUGUGAGUGGUUGUGAGCCAGAAGUCUGCAACCCGCCUAAGAGCUCCGUGGGUUACACAGUUGUGGAGGGUGACCUGGAGCGACCCAGUUUCCAGGUGACAGCAACCUGCGCCGCUGGCUUCUAUGGCACUCCAGUUGUGACCCCAUGCAUGACGCACCAUGAAAGCUACAAACUCUCGGGCUGCAACCCAGAGCUCUGCGUUGCACCGAAGGUUUCGGAUGUGGUUGCCUACAAGAUCAAGGAAGUCAACCUUGAAGUGCCAACCUUCAAUGUCACGGCCGAGUGCACGGAUGAUGCCCUUGGCAAGGCUAGCAUCCACGUGUGCUCGACGCGGUACACUGCUUAUUCUGCGACAGGCUGUUCCAUUCCUUUCUGCAAACAGCCGCCAGCUGCGGAGCUAGUGGGCUACACCAUCAAAGAGACUUCGCUCAAGAUGCUGAAGCUGGAUGUGAACGUGUCCUGUGCAGAGAACUACACAGGUGUGCCCAAGGUAACGACCUGCCAAGGAGAUGGCACAACCUACUCAGUGGAGGGCUGUGAGCCUUUCACGUGUAGGUCUGCUUCGCGAAGCAGCGAUGAUGGAUUGGUUGUGUUUGAGAAGUCUCUGCAGAAGCUGGACUUCGAAAUUCACGCAGAAUGCACAGAGGGAUUUUCAGGGGCACCUGUCAUUGAGAUGUGCAAGGUUCACAACACCUCCUACACCAUCUCUGGCUGCACCAAGCAACGCUGUGCUUCUCCUGUUGGUGACGAUGUUGCCGGCUACAUCUUGACGGAAAACGACAUUCAUCGCCCUCCAAACAUGUUCAGCGUCACGGCGGAGUGUGCUGCGGGCUACUACGGAACACCCAAAGUCACCGUCUGCAAGGGCCAGGACAUGCCGUAUUCAGUUGAGGGAUGCAAGCCGGUGGUCUGCAAGUCGCCCCAGAGCGUCAGCAGCAAAGGCUACGCAGUGUUCGAGACCUCCAAGGAGCUUCCAGACUGGAAUGUCAAGGCCGAGUGCAUAGACGAGUACAAGGGCACUCCCAAGGUCACGCCCUGCAAGUCCAACGGUGAGGUCUACGAACUGUCGGGUUGCGAACCCGAGAAGUGCAAGCAGCCCACGGACGAAGACCUUGUGGCGUAUGACCUGAUUGUUAAAGACCUGCAGCGGCCCUUCUUCGACGUGGUGCCCCGUUGCAUGUACCGCACGAAGCCAGGGGGCAAGGAGCUCUUUGGGAAGGUCACCGAGUGCUCCUCAGACCAGGAGCCCUUCAAGGUAGAGGGCUGCUACCUGACAUGCAAUUCCACAUCAGUGGGUGUGGCGCAAGGCUACGAGGUGCACGAGAAAAAUCUUUUGAUGCCAAAGUUCGACGUGGAUGUCAGCUGCGCCCCCAACUUCAUCGGCGACCCCACGCCCACUGUCACAGCCUGCGACAAGCCACUGACACCUUAUACGGUGUCUGGGUGCAGGCCCAUGAAGUGCACGUCACCUACCGCAGAGGCCAAGAAGGAUUACGUUAUCAACGAGACAUCCCUGGAGAAGCCUUCCUUUGCAGUGUCUGCAACGUGCCUGAAGGGUGGCAUGGCUGGGGAGGCUGUGCCCUGCAUCUUUGACGGGGAGCCCUACACCCUGAAGGGCUGUGACGAGGCUUCGUGUGAGUCCCCGCGGCGCACAGAGGAGACUGGCUACUCCGUGUUCGAGGACGACAGGCACUUCCGAUCCUUCAAGGUGUCUGCCAGCUGCGCCACCGGCUAUCUCGGCAAGGCCGAGGUCCACCGCUGCCAGCAGGCUGGCGAGCCUUUUACCUUGUCGGGCUGCGAGCCGAAGACCUGCACGAAGCCGGUUGGGGACGAGAUCUCGGAUUACGAAAUCACCCCGCAUUCCGUGGAGAUGCCAACCUUCAACGUUGGUGUCAGGUGCAAGUACGGGGGAAACGCCACCGUGAGCGUUUGCAAAGAGCACGCCCAACCCUACAGCGUGUCGGGUUGCCUGCCGCCGGUCUGCAAGGCACCUCGGGGUGAAGAGGGCUACGUCGUGGUGGAGAAGAACAAGCUCAUGAGAGACUUUGAAGUGACGGUGAGAUGUGCUCGGGGAUACGGUGGAAAGGCUGUGGCCACCGAGUGCUUGGAGCAUGACCAGCCCUACAGCCUGUCAGGUUGCACAGCCAUGGAGUGCACUACCCCAGAUGACAUGGUCAACUAUGAGGUCACCGAGCACUCAUUGGACAUGCCCAGCUUCAGCGUCACCGCCCGGAGGGAGUACAACUUGAAAGUCUCCACAUUCGAUGUGAAGGUUGGUUGUUCCUUCGGCUACAUGGGCCAGCCUGUUGCCCAGCAGUGCCCUCUGGCCGGCCAGCCCUACUCUGUGUCAGGCUGCGUGCCUGAGAAGUGUGCCAUGCCCAAGGAGGAAGUCAGCCACCGAUACGAGAUUACAGUGCACUCUCUGGAACGACACAACUUCGACGUGCAGGUUCAGUGCAAGGGUCAAAGGUCCAGCCCUCCAAAGGCAAUCAACUGUGCUGGAGAUGGCCAGCCAUUUCUGCUGGAGGGUUGCCGCGCGCUGCAGUGCAGGUCUCCGCGAAGAGGCAUGAGCGAUGGCUACGUUGUGUACGAGGGGUCCUUGUACUCCAACACGUUCAACGUCAAGGCUUCGUGUGCCGCGGGUUACAGUGGUCAUGCCAAGGUGGAGAUGUGCACGGCCGGGGGAGGGCCCUACAGCUUGUCUGGCUGCAAGCCCAAGAAAUGCAGCAGGCUCUCUCUGACUAACGAGCACAUUCAGUAUGAGAUCACGGAGCAAUCUCUUGAGCUUCCCAGCUUUAGUGUGGGCGUCAGCUGCAAGGGCAAACAGAUUUCCCCUCCACGGGCUGUUCCCUGCAAAGAUGAUGACGAGCCUUACAGCUUGGAGGGCUGCAAACCGCUGGAGUGCUUGUCUCCACGGGCCGGCAAGGAGGAUGGCUACGUUGUGUAUGAGGGAUCCAGGCAUACCAACACCUUCGAUGUGACGGCAAAAUGUGCUGUUGGCUACAAAGGCCAUGCGAAGGUGACGAUGUGCGAACAUCCGGAGACCCCAUACGUCCUUUCUGGAUGUGAGCCCAUGAAGUGUGUGGCACCGCGGGAAGUCGAGAUGACGUCUUACGAUCUCACCAUGCAUUCUCUGGAGCUGCCGAGCUUCAGCGUCUCUGCACGAUGCAAAACCAGAACCAAGCGCGGCAUGACGCCCAAGGCUAUCCCAUGCAAGGAGGAUGGUGAUGAAUUCAUUCUUGAGGGAUGUGUGCCUGGUGAAUGUGCUUCUCCUAGCAACGCCGCGAAGGGAGGCUAUGUCGUGUAUGAAGCUCAGAUGAUCGUGAAUUCGUUCAAUGUGAGCGCUUCCUGCGCCAGUGGAUACAAGGGUCAAGCCUCUGUGGCGGUUUGCAAGGAUGUGGAUGAACCCUACUCCCUGGGGGGCUGCGAGCCAAUCAAGUGCACAAAGCCGCAUGUCAAUGACACGGAGGGCUACGAGGUUACGGAAUUCUCCCUGGAGAAGCCGAGCUUCAGCGUUACCGUGAAAUGCACAAGCGGUAUUGGCCAUGGAAAAGCCAAAGAGUGUGAAAAAGAUGGCGAGCCUUACACACUCGAAGGCUGCUUCAUCGGUGAGUGUACAUCUCCGAAGACGCAGCUGGAGCAAGGAUAUGUGGUGUAUGAGAAUUCCAAGCUGAGACACAAGUUCGAUGUGACGGCUCAAUGUGCCAAAGGCUACAAGGGGACUGCGGUGGUCACGGAGUGCUCCAAAGCCGAUGAGCCUUACACAAUGAGUGGAUGCCAGCCUGAGGCCUGCGUUGAACCUAGCGUGCUGGACAAGGCCAACUACGAGUACACGAUUUUGUCCCUGGAGCGGCCCAGCUUUAGCGUGACAGCCAGGUGCAAGCACGGCUUUCGCAAUGCUUCCACGAUUGAAUGCACAGACGAUGGCGAACCCUUCAAGCUUGAGGGCUGUAAGGAUGCCUGCUCUUCUCCCAAGGGGGGAGCACAGGACGGGUACACCGUGGUCGAAAAGAAGCUGGUGAUGGACGAGUUCGAGGUAGAUGCCAUGUGCUUCAGUGAUUACGAUGGCACUGCAAAAGUCAAGAAGUGCCCAUCAGCCAACCAGCCCUACGUCCUUAGCGGCUGCACGCCCAAGAAAUGCGUGCUUCCCAGCGACGAAGACCGAGCCGCCUACCAGCUUACCAUCUACUCCACCGAGGCACCUUCCUUCAGUGUCACGGCCAAGUGUAAGAACGGCGUGGGUACAGGCAAGGCCACGAAAUGCUACGAAGAUGGGAAGCCAUUUACCUUGGAGGGUUGCCCGGCGCUGUGCACGUCUCCAAAGAAAACGGCAGAGGAGGGCUACGUUGUGAUUGAGACGGACCUCCACAUGAAGACAUUCGACGUCGGUGCACUCUGUGCUGAUGGCUACAAGGGCAAUGCCACUGUGACCAAAUGUGCAACGGUGAAUCAGCCUUACAGCAUCUCCGGCUGCCAGCCACAGAAGUGUGUCGAGCCGACUGCGGCUGAGAAGGCCAAUUACAAUAUCGUCACCUACUCGCUUGAACGGCCCUCGUUCAGUGUCACGGCGACGUGCAAGAGCGGGUCAGGCACUGGCAAGGCUGUACCAUGCAGCGGUGACAACCAGCCUUACAAACUGGUUAGGUCGCUGAAUGCGAGUCAGCUGGUUGAGGAGGUCCGCUUUGUGGUUCUCGUGGAUGCGGCCAGCACUGUUGCCUCCCUGCGGCAGCGCAUCCAGGCAGACUUCCGGUCGGUCUUCCCCAGCAGGCUACCAGUUGUCUUCUUCCGCAUGGCCAGUGCCGAUGGCUUCUUCCUCACAGACGGAGCUGUCGUUGGCGAAGUGCUAACCGAUGGCAGCACAGUCACUUGCCACAGAGCAGAUUCUGAGGUUACGGGCGCGCCGUUGCCAGACCAGCCCAGCUUAGAAGAGGUUCGGAGUGUCUUUGCGUCCUUCCGGGCCCAGGUUUCCUACAUUGCCCGGAUGGCCUGCCACGCCGCCCUCAAAGCCAGCAGCGAGGCGAGUGCCGAAGCUAUGUCGAUCUUGCUCGCCAUGCUGAUGCUUGGGGGUCCGCAGCUUCUGAAGGUCCGCACGGAUGCGCUGGACAUUCUGCAGAAGCGCUUGCCAGCCUCGGAUGGAGCAGCCUUGCCUGCUUUUCUGGCAGCUGGCGGCCUCUUCGUGCUGCUCGGCCUUCUUUCUCCGUCUACAAAGCUGGAUGCGGAUCCUGAGGUCUUGGAGAAGGCUGCACAGCUUUUUGAGCAGCUGGUCCUGCAACAUGGCCCAGCUUUGGCUCCAGUACUCGAGGACUGUCAGCCAAACAUCUUGAUGCAGAAGCUGGCGAAGGACUCCCGAUGUACCUCCAGCAUGAAGCAGACUGCUCAUGCAGCCCGCAAGGCCAUGGAGAAAGCUGGAAUAGGGAUCGCCGCUCUCAAAGAAGGCGGCCGCUCUGAGAACAGGGUUCCUCCUGAAAGGACCAGGCUGCAGUCCGCCGGUGCUGCCGUUGCGCACGGUGGUUACUCGCCCUCAGGCAGAAGCAGCUCCCUCUCAGACAGGAGGAUGCCAACACCAGUUCUACCUGGAGGAAUGACGCUUCGACUGCUGCUUGACCAGCGGCAGCUUAGCCUGGACUCCUCCACACUGCGCCAGGCAAUCUCGGAGUUCGAGGCCAAAGUGUCUCGCAGCCAGGAGGUUGCUCUGCAAGAGCUAGCAGCAGACUCAGGCCUUGCUGAGGUGCUGGUGAAGACUCUGCAGUCUAGAGGUGCAGCCAUGCAGCUGCUCCCGAGCCUGAGCCGAAUUCUUGCGCGUUUCCGAGGAGAGCCCCGGGCCCGUCUCGGCUUCGCGCGGCAGCUGGGCCGCUUUCUGCGGUUCUCGGAGGCACUGGAGGUUCUGCAGUCUUCUUGGCCACAUCAACCAGAGGGCAUGAGGCCAGCAAUGCUGGAGCUUGUCGAAGACCUAAUGCAAAAUGCAGCAAGGUCAGCAUCCCAUUCGCACGAACUGCAGUCAAUGCUGGCACUGCUGCAAGAGCAUGUGCCUUCCGAGUUGCAGGCUCUGGCACUCCGCAUGAUGCGUAAGCUUGUGGAUCCUGAUGGCGUCUCUGGGGCAAGUGCUGCGGUACUUCGGAUACCUCCAAAGGCCAUCAACACCGGGCUGAUGCAAGUGAUGCCAAGGCAGCCUUUGGCCUGCCUGGAUAUUCUGGGAACCCUUGCGCUGAAGGAGGACUUCCGACGUUUCUUCGCCAAGCAAGCAUCGCUGCUGAAGUUCCUGGCGCACUGCUGCAGUCAGCCUGAAGUCUGCGCUGCUAAAGGCACCGAAGAAGGCCAAAGCCCGAUGGCGCUACAAAGAGCAGCGUGCAGGUGCCUGGCCAACUUCGCCUCGGAACCCGAGGUGCGAGAUUGGGCCAAGCAGUCGCCUGUGCUGCGCAGCCUGCACGAAGCUAGCAGUGAUCUCACUGUGCGGGCCUACCUAGGCGGGAAGCUUAUGUUUCUUUACCUACUCGCGCUGGUGCCGGCGCUGGCACUGAAGAGCAGGCUGAGGAAAGGUGUGCAGGGGCAGUGCGCCUCUCCACGUCAUGCCGUCGAUGAAGGCUAUGUUGUGUACGAAGGCUCCACUUCCAUGGAGUCUUUCAAUGUCAAGGCUGCCUGUGCAAAGCAAUACAAGGGCACAGCUGUCGUGUCCCCGUGCUCAACUGCUGGCACGCCUUACUCUCUUAGCGGGUGCUCCCCUGAACGAUGCAGAGAUCCAAUUGGGGCAGACAUAAAAGGAUACAUGCUUGUCCCAUUCUCCCUGGAGCGACCAAGUUUCAGCGUGACCGUGAGAUGCAGCAGCGGCGUUGGCUUUGGCAAGGCCACGUCGUGCAUCAAAGAUGGUGAGCCAUAUACUGUAGAGGGUUGCGCACUUGGGGAGUGCACAUCUCCGGCUGCCAACCCUGCCUUGGACGGCUACGUUGUGUACGAGGGCUCCAGGGCGGCGCACAGCUUCAACGUGAGCGCGAAAUGUGCCUUUGGCUACAAAGGUGUUGCUGCUGUCUCGGUAUGCCAGACACCUGGGAUGCCAUACUCUCUGACUGGUUGUGCUCCAGAGCACUGCACGGCGCCGAGCGCAGCAGAUGCCAAGGGUUACGAGCUCACAGCCUUCUCCUUGGAACGGCCCAGCUUCAGCGUCUCUGUAAAGUGUAACAGCGGCGUUGGGCAUGGAAGGGCCAAGGCAUGUGCAAAAGACGGUGAGCCCUUUACGCUUGAAGGCUGCUUUAUUGGCCAGUGUGAUUCGCCAGUUGGCGAUUCAGCGCAGGGUUAUGUUGUGUAUGAGGGUUCGAAGAUGUCACACAGCUUUCACGUCACAGCAGAGUGCGCAAAAGGCUACAUGGGAACAGCCGCCGUGUCCAAGUGCCAGGAUGCAGGCAGUCCGUAUUCCCUGAGCGGCUGCAAACCUGAAGUUUGCGCUGAGCCCAAUUCAAAAGAGACAGAAGGUUAUGAGCUUACGGUUUUCUCCCUGGAGCGAGCUCGCUUUAGCGUCUCCGUGAAGUGCAAAAGUGGCAUCGGGUUUGGAAAGGCAAAAGAGUGUACCAGGCAUGGAGAGGCCUACACGGUUGAGGGCUGCUUCACUGGCGAGUGCACUUCGCCGGCCAAUCUCGCUGAGCACGGCUACGUUGUGUACGAAGGUUCCAAGAUGCCUCACACCUUCGACGUCAGGGCAAAGUGUGCCACUGGCUACAAGGGCACACCGACGGUCACUCAGUGCGAGGGAACCCAGCAGCCCUACUCGCUGAGCGGGUGCAGCCCCGAGACUUGCAUCGAGCCAAGCGUCUUUGAGCAGGCCAAUUACGACGUCAAGAUCCACUCCUUGUCUCGACCAUUCUUCCGUGUUACAGCCAGUUGCAGGCAUGGCUUCGGAACCGCCAAAGUGAAGGAGUGCACGAAAGAUGGCUAUCCGUUUGAGAUGGAGGGUUGCGUGGACGCUUGCUCCUCCCCCAAGAGGGCUGCAGAAGAUGGCUACAUCGUGUUUGAAGAAAAGAUGGUGAUGCACGGGUUCACGGUGCAUGCACGCUGUGCAGAUGGGUACAAGGGCGCUGCGGCAGUAGCAAAGUGUGGCAAAGCAAAUGAGCCCUACACGUUGAGUGGCUGCUCGCCGGUGAGAUGUGUUGAGCCGAGCGAUACCGACAGGGCUGCCUACGACUUGACCGUCUUUUCUGCCGAGACACCUUCUUUCAGUGUUCUGGCAAAGUGCAAAAGCGGAGUUGGCGCUGCCAAGGCUAGCGCCUGUUCUGAAGACGGACAGCCGUAUGUGUUGGAGGGUUGCCCAUCCCUGUGCACAUCUCCAAAGAAGACUACAGAGGAUGGCUACGUUGUGAUCGAGAAGUCGUUGUUGAUGGGCGAGUUCGAGGCGCACGCCGUGUGUGCAAAUGGAUACACGGGCACUGCGGCCGUGUCCAAGUGUACCGCACCAAAUGAGCCCUACACUUUGAGCGGCUGUGAGCCGCUGAAGUGUGCAGAGCCGAGUAACGCUGCUGCCUAUGACCUGACCGUCUUCUCAGCAGAAGUACCAUCAUUUAGCAUUCUGGCAAAGUGCAGACAUGGCGAAGGAACUGGCAAGGCAAAGGCAUGUUCCAAAGAAGGACAACCAUUUGUCUUAGAGGGUUGCCCCUCCCUUUGCACGUCUCCGAAGAGGACUUCUGAGGACGGCUACAUCGUGUUUGAGAAGUCCUUACUGUUUGACGACUUUCGAACAGAGGCCGUUUGUGCGGACGGAUACGCUGGCAAAGCAUUUGUUCGCAAGUGCAGCGGGGUGAGCCUGCCAUAUGUACUAAGUGGCUGUGCGCCUCAGAAGUGCAUAGAGCCGACUGGCGCAGAAAAGUUCAACUACAACAUCGUGGUCCACGACCUUUACCGGCCGUCCUUUCGUGUCACGGCAACUUGCCGAAACAGGCCAGGCACCGGAAAGGCUCUUCCAUGUCGUGGAGACAAUCUUCCCUACGAGCUGGAAGCAAGCAAUAAUGCAAGCCACUGUGUUGGCAGCAUGUCUGCCUCUUUGUUGGGAUCUGAGGCUCUACACAAGGUAGAGAUGAGCUCGUCGGGUGCGGAUGCCGGCGCUGGUCGUUGGCCAACGCCAGCAGCGGCGGCAGUUCCUGCUCCUCCACAUGAGGCGCAGACCGUCGCCACAGCAUCAGCACCUCAGUCGCUGCCGGCUUUGCCAGAAGAGGCUGAAGCAGGCGACGGACGAAGAGAGGAGUCCGAUCUUCUUCAGUACUCGCAGACCUUGGGCAUCGACCUCACUCAGCACUCAGAUUUGCUCUGGGUAGUCCAGGAGGCUUUCAACGCACCGCUGCCGCUCAGCUGGACCGAGUACACAGAUGAUGAGGGCCGAGUGUACUUCUUCAACCAGUCCUCGAGCUCGUCCACUUGGGAGCAUCCUAUGGACGCCGUGUACCGGGAAUUGCUCAGUGCGGUUCCAAGCUUGCCCGAUCUGGACGCUAUGGGUUCAGCGGCUUCUUCCAGCUUGAAGUCCGCCGCGGCGAGCGCGACGGACCAAGAAUUGGCAGCUGCCCUAUCGCAGCUGGACAAGGCAGAUCUGCAAAAGCUGAAGUCCGCAGUAUCUGGCGGACAGCGUGUAGUUGUUGUCGGUUGGGGCCCAGUUGGUCACGCCGUUGUUGCGAAGCUCCUCGCCAAGAGCCCGGGAGCUUUGCAGCUGGUGGUCAUCAGCGAGGAGAAUUACCCCGCGUACAACCGCGUAAAGUUGACCACUUUCUUCGAGCACCGGGACCCCAACCAGCUGGCGCUCAGCAGUGUGGAGUGGUGCCAGUCGAACGGUGUAGAGCUCCUGCUGGGCAAGGCGACGAAGAUCGAUCGCGCGGCCAAGUCAGUUGAGUACACGACUUCCAAAGGUGAAGUCAAAAGUACCCUCUACGACCAUUUGGUGCUGGCCACUGGCAGCAAGCCAUGGCUUCCUCCUGUGCCGGGCCUUUCCCUAGACGUUCCUGGCGUUCACGUUUACAGAACGAUAGACGACCUCUUCCAGGUCACGGAGAGGGCAAAGAAUGCCAAGGCUGCGGCAGUGAUUGGCGGAGGUCUGCUGGGCCUCGAAGCCGCCAAGGCGGCGUAUGACCUGAAACUGGAGACCUACGUGCUGGAAGUGGCACCUGGACUGAUGCCUGUGCAACUCGAUGCUGAGGCUGGUGGUAUGCUGAAGGGCAAGAUCGAGUCCCUGGGCAUCAAGGUUCACACAGGCGUGAAGGUGCUGGAGGUGCUGAAGGGUGAGAGUGGCCUUGCUGGAGUGAGAAUCGAGGUGGGUGGCCAGGAGCAGACCCUGGAUGUCCAGCUGUUGAUUGUGGGUGCGGGCGUGCGGCCCCGCCAGGAGCUUGCAGAGGCCAGUGGGCUGGAGCUUGGAAGCCGUGGUGGUGUGAAGACAGACCACACCAUGAGGAGUGUCACGGAUGAGCAUGUAUGGGCAGUUGGUGAGAUUGCCUCCUACAACGGGGGCAUGUGCUACCAGUUAUCUGCUCCAGGCUACACUCAGGCGGAGGUCCUAUCCGACCACUUGACCAACCCUAGCGCUGAUUCCAAGUUCAUGGAUGCGGACUUAUCGACAAAGCUUAAGCUGCUGGGGGUGGACGUGGCAUCCUUUGGCGGUUCCUCGGACUUCUGGUUCAAGCGCCAGUACACGUCAACGGAUCCUGAGCAGGUGAAGACAGCUGUUGCCAAAGACGAGGCCAAGGGCACCUACAAGAAAUUGGUUUUCACUGCAGACGGCACCAAGCUUCUGGGUGGGAUACUUGUGGGUGACAUCUCUGAGUUUGCGGCCCUUACGGCUGUGUCCAAGCGUUCAGACAUCGGCGGCCUGACGCCCGAGGACCUCAUGGCCGGGAAGAUGCCCAAGGUCGAUGAUGGCGGCGAUGGGACCAACCUUGGAGAUGAUGACCUCGUGUGCAACUGCCACUCUGUGCCCAAGAAGGUGAUUCGGGAUGCGAUCAAGGGUGGGGCGCACACCUUCGAGGACAUCAAGAAGUGCACCAAAGCUGGGACUGGAUGCGGCACUUGCAUCCGAACAGGGCCACAGCCGAAGCUGCUGUCGCACACGCUGAACUCCAUCGGUGUGGAGAAGGGCUGCUGCAAAAGCCUUCCCUUCGAGGCCGAUGACAUCGAGGACUUGGCGAAGGCCAGGCAGCUGAAGACCUACGACGAGCUGGUCGCCAACAUGGGCUACCCGGCGGCGGCAGCGGAGAGCGACAAGACGGUCCUUGCCGGCGUUCUUGACAGGAUCGGUGGCAAGCCGAAAGGUGACGGCUUGGACCAAGCCGGGCAGCUCAAAGCACUGAAGGCCGACUUAUGGAAGUUCGUGGAUAAGAUGAACUGCAACCCCAUUCUGUUGCGGCUAGCCUGGCAUGAUGCCGGCACCUACGACAAGUCCAAGACAGACUUUGGCGACCGGGGAGGAGCUAACGGCUCCAUCCGUUUCUCACCAGAGAUUACCAUGGGGGCCAACAACGGUCUGGACAAGGCUGUGAAGUACCUUGAGCCCUUCAAGGCCGACUACCCUUUGGUGUCCUACGCAGACCUGUACCAGAUGGCUGCAGCUGUGUCCAUCGAGCACGCUGGCGGCCCCCAAAUAGACAUGAAGUACGGCCGCAAGGAUGCCACGGGGCCCGAAGCAUGCCCUGGUCGUCAGUCACGAGGUACGGCGGACAAUGCGGGACUUCCCGACGCCGAGCCUGGCCCUGCGGGCACUUUCGGCUGCGGUGCCUCGGAUCCGGCCACCCACCUCCGCAACAUCUUUUACAGGAUGGGCUUCGACGACAAGGGCAUCGUGGCUCUGUCAGGUGCCCACACAAUUGGCCGGGCCUUUAGGGAGCGGAGUGGGACUGUGAAGGAGGGCUAUGGAGAGUCCAACGGCUGCCCAUAUACGCGGGCCCUGCCUGCUUCCUGCCCCAUCAGACAUGAUGGGAAGGGCGGAGUUGGCAUGCCGGGUGGGAAGAGUUGGACAACGAAGUGGCUCAAAUUUGACAAUGAGUACUUCCAACCUUCUGUUUACGAAGAGAAGGACGCCAACUUGUUGUGGUUGUCGUCAGACCGAUGCUUGCACCAAGACGACAGCUUCAAGAAGUACUUCAUGCAGUACAGGGAGGACCAGGGAGCCUUUUUCAAGGACUUUGCGGAGGCUUACAAGCAAUUAUCUGAGCAAGGGGCAGAGUUUUCUGGGGUGUCGUCGUCCUACGAGGGAUGUGCUGCCCUGGUGCAGAACCACCUCCGCGAGGUCCACCAGCGAGCGCUGCGUUGCCUUGAGGACUGGAGCGGCCCCUACGCCGCGGAAGAGGGCGAGUACUGGUACAACCACCGGCUGAAGGUGAGCACCUGGGACUGUCCAGUGACGGAAUGGGAACAGGAGCUGAUGACUCGUCAGGCGGUGCUGUACUGGUGCUUGAUGGGACCGGGGCGCCCUGAAGGGGGAGCACCGUCUGAGGCGGCAUCGGGCUCCGACGGCGAAGAAGGCUUCGGACCUGAUCUCCUGAGAGCCCUACGCCUGCCUCUUAACCUGGUGCGGCGCGAGAGCGUCAACACGCCUCCCUCCACUCCGUCCACUGCGCGGUCGUUCCACACUGCUCGCUCCAUGCACUCCAGCAGAUCCCAACGCAGCCGCAUGACGGCAGAAGACGUGACCGACAGGGGCUCUGCGAGGGGAUCGCCGCCCAGUGGCUCACCGCGCGAAGCCCUGGCAGCUUGA